AUGGUGGCCAACCAGGUGGUGGCUGUGCCUGUAGCUGCACCACCUGGGCACUGGAUUGGGGCUGGUGGAUCCAUGAUCAUGGAGUCUGAUAAGAAAACUGGGGAAGUGAGGAAGCACUACAUAGGGAUGGCUACUAUGCUUGAUAUCUUGGCACAUAUUGCUGGUGACGAUCAAAUCAUCGGCGGUGAUGAUCAUGCGUCUGAUCUUGAUAAGAAGAUGUCCGUUCCUGUUUCUUCCAUCAUAGGGCAUUCCCUUGAGGGGCUCAGUUUGUGGACUCUCAACCCUAAUACUAGCUUCCUAGAUUGUAUGGAAGUAUUUAGCAAAGGAAUACACAGAGCAUUAGUACCACUUGAUAGCCAUAUGGAGAACACCGCAGGAGUGGAGCUUAUGGAGUCUGCUUCAAGCUAUCGGAUGCUUACACAAAUGGACUUGUUAAAGUUCUUGAAGGAUAAUGCUUCUGAACUGCGAGGCAUCAUAUCUCGCAGUGUGGGUGAAAUAGGAGCAGUAAAUGAUAGUGUUUAUGCUAUCAGUAGCCGCACAAAAGUUAUCGAGGCCAUCAAAUGCAUGAGGGCUGCGUUGCUGAAUGCUGUUCCCAUAGUUUUGGCCUCAAAUUCUCUUGAGGAAGAUUCCAAGCAGCUUAUAAAGGGCAAAGGCAAGAAGCUUAUCGGAACAUUUUCUGCAACAGAUUUGAGGGGUUGCCAUUUGGCUGCAUUACAAACAUGGUUGCCUCUGAGUGCUCUAGAAUUCACUGAAUCAGUCUUAUCAAGCCCAAUUUAUGCAGCUCCCGAUGCAUCAAAUAUUUCCCCAAGGGAACUUGUGACUUGCCAUCCUGAAUCAUCCCUAGCAGAAGUGAUUGACAAGGCUGUUACGAAACAUGUACACCGAGUUUGGGUUGUAGAUCAACAGGGUUUUCUUGUUGGACUUGUUUCUCUGACAGAUGUUAUCAGAGUGAUGAGGGACUUAAUACUCUCUCGGAUUCCGUCUUAA